UGUGUUGUGUUUUGUUUUGGUUAUGACUGCUCGAUUUUUAUUCCUGGUAUCCUGGUGUCCAAGAAAACGGAACCUAAACCGGCCUUUAUUCAAUAGUAAUACCAAUUAUUAAAGAAGUGCAAUCCAUCAACGUGUCGGAAUCAGCUCAUUUGUUGGUAAUCAGCAGGCAGAAUUGUGAGAGUUGUUGAAGUGAUGGAUUGAGCGGAAGUAAAAAAACAGAAAUAAAAUGGACAACACGGUGUUCGUCAAAGACAUCCAUGCUGGCAUGAAAAAUAUCAACAUUACUUUCAUUGUUUUGGAUAUUGGUCUCCCUGUAACUCUCAAAGAGGGAAGAGAAGUUCGCUCAUUGAAGGUUGCUGAUGCAACUGCAUGCAUUAAUUUAUCUCUUUGGGAUGAGCCCGGUCAACUGCUGAUGCCUGGGGACAUCGUCAAGCUCACCAAAGGUUAUGCUUCCAUAUGGCGGAACUGUCUGACUCUAUACUCUGGCAAGAACGGUGAUGUGGAGAAAUUAGGAGACUUUUGUAUGGUAUUUAAUGAAUCUUUAGACAUGAGUUUACCUACCUCUAAUUCAGUCAAUCAAAAUUCAAGUUGUAGUUUUAAUAGCACUGUAAAUAAUGGGAAUUCCAAUAAUCGUAGCUCAAACCCCAAAAUUCAUGAAACACAUGCGACUUCCAACAAUGCCGCACCUGGCAAGUUUACGGAGCCUGCCGGUAAAUUACCUAGCAAGUCUACCUCCCGAGGAAGAGGAUCCAUGAAAAAUGCUCCCAAAUCAGAAAGGAGGUGAUCCUGGUAUUUUAAACUUGUUUUUUUCCUUGUUUGUAGACAAUUAAUUUUCCUAAGCUAUUUGUCUUACCUUCUUUCUGAUUUCUUAGCUUUUAUCAAUUCAUUUUCUCUUUAACUUAUCUAUAACUCCUGAAACCAGUCUGACAAACUCCAUUAAUUGUAACUGUUUUUAGUAUACAGAAGUGAUAAAAUUAAAUUCACUGUGAGCAUUUAUUUGAGUUGCUGUUUUAAAUUUUAGUUUAGAAAGCUCAUAGAAUGGGUUAAUUUACAAUUAGCUCAAGAAGGACUGAGCAGGCAUCUAUUCCUCAUCAUUUUUGGCACAAGAAAAACAGUGAGGACACGCGAGUCUUUCAAGACAUUGUCCCUGCUGCAAAAUAAUGCUUGAUUUUACGGUCCUUAAAGUCCUUGAAGCUACUUCACUUUAUUUCUUCUAAAAUUCAUCUUUCUUUAUUUUCAACACUGCAUGAAACUAAUACAAGUUUGUAUUAUUUAGGUGAAAUUUAAUUAUUUUAAUAAUAUGUAUUACAGAUUUUUAAAAACUGUUCUAUUUUGUGAAGGUCUCUUUAACUUCUGUCUAGUGCAUAAUGUAUAAGAUUCAUGUAGUAAAGUACAAGUUUAAAAUGGAAAGAAAAUCUGUACAGUUUAUCAUCAAAUUUUUCUUCUGCAAAUUUUCUGGCGUAUUUAAUGAGUAACACUAAUGGAUGGUUCCUGGGGGAGAAAUGAAUCUCCCCCUCUUCUCAGAACUCUUGGAUCAAUCUGUAUGUAACCACAUUAAGGGGAAAAAAGGCUAAAAAUUUAUCUCUGUGCUACAUCCAAAGAGCGGGAGAUAAGAAAAUUGUUUUGAAGGCACAAAACCAAUGAACCUUAACAGAAACGUACUUUUCAAACGUUCUAAUUUUUUUGUGGUAAUGAUUUGUUUUGAUGUCGGGCAAGAAUCCCUUUUUAAUGUAUCCACUCACCGUCAAGGUGAACGCCUUUGCUUUGUAAAUGUUUUAUUGGCUUCUUCAAAGUCAUCAUUAAGAAGUUACAUAGCAUGAGUGAACCACCUACAAUCAUGGAUGAUUUAAUUAGUGCUAGUACUUAAUUCAGAGAUUUUUGUCUCCAAUUUUUGUAUAGGUUAGUGUGUAUUUCACAAUAUCAGACCUACGUAAAGCUUAGAAAUGCGUGCUGCAUUUUAAGAAUGUAAAUAUUUAUUUUUAUUUUAUCUAUUGUAUCCCCUCAGCUGUUAUUGUUAUGUUUGCCUUGUAAGUCUCUCUGUAAAAAUAAACAAAUAUACUUUCAACAUGAAACUGG